AUGAAAUCCCUCACCCUCACCAAACUCGGCGACGCCGCCUCCAGCUUCAAGCUCGAAGACCGUCCCGUCCCCACGGCCCAGCAGAACGAAGUCCUCAUCCACAUCCGCGCCAUCGGCCUCAACCACGCUGAACUCUCCACCCGUCUCGGCGAGCCGAAUCCCAUGGGCCCUGUGCCUCUGCCUCGAACACUCGGGAUCGAAUGCGUCGGCCUUGUGUCCGCUGCUCCGGGUUGUGAGGAUGAGUUCCCCAGCGGCAGUAUCGUGAUCGCCGCGCUGGGUGGUUUAGGAAGGGAGAGGGAAGGCACGUACGCGGAGUUCUGCGUCGCGCCGAAGGAGAAUUGUAUCGUCGUCGCUGCUUCGGAGGGGGAGGUGGGGUUGAGUUGGGAGGUUCUGGGUGCGGUGCCGGUGAUGCUGCAGACGGCUUGGGGGUGUCUGUUUCGGUCGCUGAAGGUUGUGGAGGGGGAUGCGCUGUUAGUGAGGGGAGCGGGGAGUGGAGUGGGGAUGGCGGCGAUUGGGCUGGCGAAGGGGGCUGGGGCGACUGUGGUGGCGAGUACGAGGGCAGAGGCGAAGAUGGAAGUGCUGUUUGACGCUGGUGCGGACCAUGUGGUCGUAGAUGAUGGGAAGUUGCAGGAGAAGAUCCAGGCGCACUUCCCGAAAGGCGUGGAUAAGGCGCUUGACCUCGUCGGCGCCGUGACUGCUCCGGACAGCAUACGAUGUCUUGCGGACGGGGGUGUGUGCUGCUCUGCCGGUACGUUAGGAGGGAGCUGGAGCAUACCGAACUUUGUCCCGAACUUCAUGCUGCCUAUUGGUCGGUAUCUGACGUCGUACGGCGAGCGGACGUUUACGGGGAAGAACACGCCUUGGUCGGAGGUACUGGGGUCGCUGAGGGACGGCAAGGUGAAGAUUAAGAUGGGCAGGGUCUUCCGUGGGGUGGAGAGUAUUGUGGAGGCGCAUGAGGUGAUGGAGAGGAAUGAGGCGGGUGGCAAGGUUGUGGUGCUCGUGUAG